CUUUCCAACUUUGUUAUUGUCGUCAGAAGCUACGAAUUAGACAGAAAAAAUAUUAAUAUACCUUAAGAUCUUCAAAUCUAUAUUUCCUAUCAAAUAUAAUUAAACAUAAAACUGUUCGUGACAUAAAAUCAUCUAAAAGAAUCGAUAAAAUUGUGUUACAGCUGAAAAAUGAGAAACUUCCAAAGAGGAAAUCGAAAUAAUUAUGGAUCGAAUUUCUCGAGAGGUGAAAGGCGAAACAAUCAAGAUAGUCGCUUCGACAGUAAUAAUGAUAGCUAUAAAAGACCAGGAAACAGAGGAACGAAUCGUAAUUUUGGUGAUCGUGACAGAAAGUCGAGACAUGGCUAUGAAUCGAGAAAUUCCUAUCAGGAUCGACGUGAUAGUCAUGGAGAUAAUCGAGGAAACUUUAGAUCUUAUCAAGAGAGGUCGUUCAAGGACCAGAAGUUUGAAAGAUCCUAUCGUAAUCAGACACCUCCAAGAUCGCGUGAUCGUGGUUCAUGGCAUGGAGAUGCAAGAGACAACCGUUCCAGCAACAUAAGAAUGAGACAACAUUCACCACCGUCAACUUCAUCAUUUCGAGUUCAGAAUGAUUUUGGCUCAAGGCCUCGCUCAAACCGUGGACGGAUGACAUCCCAUCGUGGAAUGAGAACUGCUGGAUCACGUAUGUUAAAUAGAGUUGAUUUGAGGAGUAGUUUGAUUUCAAAGAAUAGGUCUAAAGAAUACAUUCGAAAAAUCAGACAAGCACGCUUAAAACUCAGUGAUUCAGGUAGAAGAAAAGCAUCUGAGGAAGAAAAAUCUCCUUCAAAAGAAACCAGCAAAGAACAGAAGCAAAAUGACAAUGACGAAGAUUGUUUGGAUGUAGCUAAUGACGUGAAUUUUGAAGAAGAUGAAGAUGACGCCACAACGAAGAAUGAAGAAUCGGAGAAAUCUUCAAAACAUCAGAAAGAAGAUGAAGGUAAAGAUUCUCCAGAAAUGUCCAAAGAAAAUGGAGAUUCCAGUCCAGAAAAGUCGAAAACAAAACGAGACAAUUCUUCAAAAUCGCCAUCGAAAGACAGAUCAUUGUCGAUUGAUUUGAAUUGUAUUCACUGUUUUACCAAAUGCUCAUCGAUACAAGAUUAUCGAAACCAUCUUUCACGACGAACUCAUUUGAUGGCAAUGAAAAAACUUGCAACAAGAGUAAAAUUGACGUUGAAUCGAUUCCGGAAAUAUCAGCGAUCGAGACAGUUUUAUGUUGAAGCCCGAAUGAAGAAUGUCGAGAACAUCCCAUCGAAAUAUUGUCAGAUUUGUAAGCUUUACUAUCGACAAUCGAAGAUUGAACAUCGUGACUCGGAUGAUCACAAGAAGAUUAGAAACUUUUUGAGACCAUUUUGCAAGAUUUGUCAUGUUCAACUUCUGAGUUCGAUGAAAUAUGAGAUUCACAGAUGCACAGUGGAGCAUCUCAAGAGAAAAGCAGAGAAAAAUGAGGCGAGUGAUGAAGAGAUAGACUUCCAAGAUUUUGAUCCAGAAGAUUUCAAGACAGUUGAUUCAAUUGGUGAUGUUGAUGGCGAAGAAGGAAGUACAAUAGAUGAACAGGAAUAUGAUGCAUCGAUAGCUGUUGGGCAAGAUUUUGUGACGAAAGUUGAAGUUAAUUAUUGCUCAUUAUGUCGCGAAUAUUUAUCACGAAGCUCGAAAGAUGAAAAAGUCAUCACUGAUCAUUGCAAAUCAAAGAAACAUUUGAAAUGGUAUUAUCAAUCGAAGAAAAAGGAUGAAAAGGAAAGUGAAUCAAAACGAGAUUCAGCAGAACCAUCGAAAGAUGACGAAGGUAAAGAUUCACCGCAAAACGGUGAUAAGCAACAAGAAAUUCAUGAAAAAGAAAUAAAAAAGGAAAAAGAAAAUGCUGAGUCAGUUGAACCUUCGAAUGAAGAUAAAAACUCUGAUGGAAAAGAUGAAGAGAAACCUGGACCUUCAAAGAAGUUCAAAAGAUAUUUUGAUGUUGAAAACUAAAUAAGAGAUCUCAGCAUACAUAAUAUUCCUGGCACAUAAAAGAACAUCAUAAUCAUCAUCACCACCUUGUUUAAAUCAUCAUUAAUUUUCUUUUAUUACAAAUCUUUACAAAGAUUUAUGAGAAGCUUUGAUGAUUAUUUAAAGACUCUUUAAAAAUGGACACUAAAAUGUAGUUAAACUUUUUUCAUUAACUUUCUGAUUAAUUUUUGUUUGUUCCAUUUAAAAAUAAUUUCGAAUUAAAGAAAAGAUUUCAAUCAAAAUUUAAG